UUUAUUCAGUGGCGGAAACGGGCUUCCAUAAAUAUACAAGUACUAGUAAAGCUUGAAUACUCACUAGCCACAAUUUGAACAUAUAGUAAACAGCAUCCCCAUAUAAUUCAUUGUCAAAGCGUUCAACGUGAAGUUGGUUUGAAGGGAUAAAUGUUAAAGCGGCUUGCCGUAGCGACACAAUAAACUGCUCAGUCGUUUCGCGUUUGAUGAAUCCUAUAUUGCGAUCUUCACCUGCAUGAGGGAAGACGAAAACCCAAAGCUUGACGUUUAGAAGUAUGACUCUUUUGUGCUUUUGCUUCUCUAAAAACAGUCGCCAAGACUUCACAUAGCGUCUAUCCUCGCUGGAAUGUAGUUUGAGGGCGGAGACUCGCAGCAACAUUACAUUCUGCAUCCAGAAACUGUGAAGUAUGGACACUGCCAUGAGAACAGCCGUGAUCAUUCGAGAUCGUUCAGCACUGUUCCCAACAGGAUCCGAGCACAGCGCGAAGGCAGGAGUGGGGCUGGAGAUGACGGAAAGGUGGAUGUAGUGUUUGGGCUCGGGAUCUGUAUGUCACACACACGGCUGGAGUUUACGGUGAUCGUCUUGUAACGAGGGUUGUUCUUUGUUGAGACAUUGUUUUCUGCCUGGCUGUUUUCAGAGGACCAGGGGACCGCUGUUCAUUUCAGCCCCGAACCAGCUCUCAUAUCUGGGCGGGACGUGGAGAUAAAAGAGUUCAGCAUGAGGAAUAACGAGGAGACUGAGGGCUUUGAUGGCGAGGCCUCCAACACCUCGAUGAUUUCAGGAGCCAAUAGUCCGUAUCAGCCGACCACCGAGCCCGUGCACUCCAGAAACGUGUUCAGGGCCAUCAGGUGUGACCUGGACUAUAUCAAAUCACAUUUCGGUAUUUUAAAAGUUAUCGAAGUGGUCCUGGCUCUCAUCUCUUUCAUCUUCAUUGAGACCAUAAUGAUGUGCUCGCCCUGUGCCGGCGUCUACCUCUUUGAGUUUGUCAGCUGCAGUGCCUUCGUUGUCACAGGCGUCUUGCUCCUCAUCUUCAGCCUGAACCUGCACACCAAAGUGCCCCAUAUCAACUGGAGUCUAACAGAUCUGAUCAACACUGCCACCAGCACCUUGUUCUUCUUUCUGGCUUCAGUGGUUUUGGCAGCUCUCAACCAUCAAACUGGAGCAGAGAUCGCAGCUGUGAUUUUCGGGUUCCUGGUGAUGGGUGUGUACGGUCUGAACACAUUUUUGGCAGUACGGAGAUGGCGCCUCGGGGACUCGCGAGAUGGACCCCUGCAGACCAGCGAGUACAUCCGUGCCCGCACAGCCUCACGGGGAGAGGUGGAGUCACGGCCUGAGCUACAGUAAAGCACACAGGCAGACCAAUGAAGACUGAGACAAGCAAAGCCCUGUCUGCAUUCCUGUCACAGUGUACUCUUUCAUAUCCUCGUGAUGGGAGCCUGAUGAGCUGCAGUCAGGUUGAGCGCUUACAAACAAACAAACAAACAAUUGCGUGAACAGUCUAAAAUGGAACAAACCUCUGGCAUCUUCAUCAGCCUCAGGCCAGCGUCUUUUGACUUUAUACUUAAAUACUGUAUAUUUCUGUUAAUUAAGGGCUUUACCUUAUAAUGAUCUGGAUAAUUAUUGACUGAAACUCACUCCACUGUGCUCCUAAACUCCCAGCGGGAAAGUUCUAACAAAGCCUGUCAGUCGCCCGUUUGAAACCCCCUUAUAUUUAGCUCUGCAUUCUAAUUAGAAUGCAACUAUGCCUAAAAUGUCUUAUCGUGGAUCAAAAAUAACUAAACAGAAUGGAAUAAUGGAAAUAAAUGGUUGCUAAAUAGACUGAUGUAAGUGAUCUUUCUGACUGAAGUGUAACAGGAGUGUUUAUGAGCAAAAAAGUGUUUUUGUUUAGUUUUUUUUCUUCUUUCUCUGCCAUCGUGUUCCUGUAUCAAACACAUCUAGUAAACUGCCGUUGCAUUGGGCUGUUUUCUGUAGAGAUGGAGUGACUAGAUGUCAGGAGCACCAGUAUUUAUUUUAAUGUUAAUUCUUUUUUGUAAUACCAAAGCUUUGGUAGCUACAUUGUAGUAAUAGUGUAGUAUUUCACCUCGUGAAUGUGACCCUGCAUUGCAACACAGUGACAGCUUUCAGACUGUUUGUGUGGGUGAAGGGAGGUGAGUUUAUGAAACUUUUUAGAGGCUAAUCUUUAGAUGAUACAAUUUUUUAGUUACUAAAUCGUCUGUGCAUAGUCUGUUGGUCAUUUUUGUGGUUUGUAAUAUUUUCUCUACUCCACUGUGUACUCCAACCCUGUCCAGUUAUCUGUAUAUGUCGAUUUAAGCAAGGGUAGAGUUUUUGAAGAAGGUGUAUAUAUUACGUAUCUGUGUGACAUUUUACAUUCCUGAAGGUUUCCUAUUUGUAUGAAUUCUGACACUAAUAGACUGUAUUUGAAGGAACAAGUGUACGGCAGUACAUAUGAAUGCAUUAGCUAAACUGCGUAUCUUUUUUCUGUGUGCCUUAAUCGUAGAGGCAUUAUUAGUCGAAACUCUUGGACACUAAUGUUAAGACAACAUUAGCAGAAUAACUGCUUUAUGGGGUGUGAAAUUAAAACAUUCUAUUUGCACUCUCUGAUGAACUGAUCCGUGGUAAAAUCAUGUUUUCUGAAGUGCUUUGUUGACCUUCUAAUGGGUCUAAUAGUGCAAUUGUACAUGAUUUUUUUUUUUGGUUACACUUUAUUUUGAUAGUCCACUUUAGACAUUCUAAAAACUAUAAGUAACUUUGUAACUACACGUCAACUAAUUCUCAUUAAUUUGCAACUACAUGUCUACUAACUCUCAGAGCAGACUGUUAGGGUAGGUUUAGGGUUAGUAGAAUGAGUGUCUCAUAGUCAGUAUGUUGUAUGCUAUGGACCCAUCAAAAUAAAGUGUUAGAAGAUAUUAAGCAGACAGUCUACUAAUACUCUAAUGACUGCUAGUUGACAUGUAGUUGCAAAGUUGUAGUUGUAGUUACUUACUGUUAGUAGAAUGUCUAAAGUGGACUAUCGAAAUAAAGUGUUACCUUUUUUUUUUCACUAGAAAAUGCUCAUUUGUAAUAUUCGUUUCUAUAUUCAUACUUAUGUCUUAUUUUAAGGUUCUUAAAUGAAGUCACUUUUAUGUUUUGGAAUAAGACCAAUGUUGAAAUGAAGUCAUUUUGAGGUGUGGACUCACAUUAUAGACAUUGAUCAACACUGUGUGGGCUUGAAAAUGUUAAAAGACAAUCGCAAGAAUGAUUUUUGUCUUAAUGAAGGACUCUGCAUUAAAGUGCUUAAGUCACUGAUUAUUUUUCCUAUUUUGAAAGCAAUACUGUGUGCUUAUGCUUUAAUAAUGUGUAAGAGCUUUCACUGUGCUUUGACUCUGUGCUAAACUUCUUAUUGGAAGAUUUUAGCAUCAAAAUAAUUCCUGAUCUUGACCUUAAUGUGUUUUCAACUCACAAAUCAUCGAAGUGUUUCAAAAGAAACUAAGUUGACAUUUUGAGGGAGUCAAAUUUUGAUAAUGAUUGUACUGUUUCUUGCUGACAUUUCCUGUAUUCAAGAAUUUUAUUCCAUGUAACAGUGCUAUAAAUUUGUAUUUUUGUAUUUAUAGAGUUGUGCAUAGACUUACAAAAUGCUAAUUGUUUAAGAAUAUUUGUGAUGGCAAUCUUUUCCUCAAAUAAAUGGAUUUGGAUGAACUUGAAA